AUGCUGCCGGGAGUCGGCGUGUUCGGGACGGGAAGUACAGCCCGAGUGCUGGUCCCGAUGCUAAAGGCGGAGGGCUUCGAAGUCCAUGCCCUCUGGGGGAGAAGCGAAGAGGAAGCGUGCGGCCUGGCAAAGGAGCUCGGUAUCCCGUUUCACACCAGUCGAUCCGAUGACGUCCUGCUACACCAAGACGUUGACCUUGUUUGUAUUUAUAUUCCACCCUCAAUGACAAGGCAGAUUGCUGUCAAAGCACUGGGUAUCGGUAAGAAUGUUGUCUGUGAAAAAGCUGCGACUGCAGUGGAUUCUUUCCAGAUGGUGAAUGCAGCUAGGUAUUACCCUCAACUGCUCAGCAUCAUGGGGAAUACCCUUCGUUUCCUUCCCACAUUUGCGGCCAUGCGGAAGCUGCUGGUCGAGGGUUACGUGGGUGAAGUGCAGGUAUGUGACGUACGCGUGUACGGCCCCAGCCUCUUAGACCGCUCGUACGGCUGGACUUGCGAGGACCUGAUGGGAGGCGGGGGCCUGCACACAGUGGGCUCGGCUGUCAUCGACCUUUUAAGUUACCUGACCGGGACGCGGGCCCAGCGGGUUCACGGCCUGCUGCGCACCUUCGUGCAGCAAAACGAUACCAUCAAAGGCAUCCGACGGGUCACUAGUGACGACUUUUGUUUCUUCCAAAUGUUGAUGGGGCCCUGCUCGGGCGGCGCGUGCUGCACCGUGACUCUCAACUUCAACAUGCCGGGUUCCUUUUUGCAUGAGGUGAUGAUCGUCGGGUCAGCGGGGAGAUUGGUGGCCAGGGGGACUGAACUGUUUGGGCAGCGUAACGGCAGCAAAAGCGAGGAACUCUUACUAGGCGACGGCGGCUGGGCCGGCCCUGACGUGAAAGACGUACCCAUGCCUCACCUUCGGGGGCUAGGCGCCAUGGUCAAGGCCUUGAGACAGUCAUUCCAAGCACACCAGGAGCGCAGGUUGUGGGCACACGGGCCAGUUGCCGCGGCACCCACAUUCGAGGACGGCCUGUAUGUACAGACUGUAGUGGAGGCGGUGAAGCGGUCCAGCUAUAGCGGAGAGUGGGAGUGUGUGGAUAUCAUGAAUAAAGAGCCCGAUCCCAACCACAACCUGUGUGAGGCCCUGCAGAGAAAUAAGAACUAA